GUGGCGAUAACUCGCUAUCCGCACCCAAUGCAGUGACGACCCUGGUCGGCGUCCACGAUGGUCAGCCGUGUAUAAAAGGCGGAUGCUCUGAACGUCAAACGACGCCUCGAGCUCCCAGACCUUGUGUUUCAUAUUUCAACAACUUGGCUCAUGGCUUCUCCCAAGUUCCGAGUCGCAAUCGCUGGCGGCGGAGUCGGCGGUCUCAUGCUGGCCGUUGCGCUCUCAGCUUACCCCGAUAUCGGGGUCUACGUUUAUGAGAGUGCUCGUACAUUCUCCGAGAUUGGCGCGGGUGUCGUCAUGAAGCUCAGACCUUUCCAGGUGGUUAAGAGGAUCAGCGAGAAACUGGCGUCAGAGUUGAUUUCGAAGACCCCUUGCGAAUACACAGAGGAAUACGUCCCGAGCUGGAAGUUCCGACGGAGUGAUGGGGACGAAGGCGAAUAUAUUUUCCACCUCAAGACCAGAGGACACGUCCUGUUGCUCCACCGUGCCGAUUUCCACGGUGUUCUUCUCGAUAACCUAGGAGCCAACGUGAAGACGUACACGUCUAAGCGCCUUGCGACGUACGAGCAGCCGAACGAUCGCACCAGCCCUAUCUCUCUGACCUUUGCUGACGGAACCACCGAAACGUGCGAUCUUCUCGUCGGCGCCGACGGCAUAAAGUCUGUCGUCAGGACUAAACUGAUGAAGGAACUGGCCCAGGAGCAAGCCGAAAACCCAGCCGAGGGUUCUCCCAGCCCGGAACUGUACCUGUCUUGUGUCGAGCCCGCGUACAGCGGGAUGAACUCCCACAGGUCACUCGUUCCAGCUGACAAGCUAGCAGCCGUCGCAUCGGGUCAUAGAUCCCUCACCGAGCCCUUGUUGUGGUUGGCUAAGAGUAGGGUGAUCACGUCGUACCCCGUGUCUAAAGGCAAAUACAUCAACAUUUCAGCCAACGAACUACAUCCGGAUAUUAUGAGGAAAGCUCACAACCCGGACCCAUCCGUCAAGCAAGAGGACUACGAAGCCGAAUGGAUGCGCCCGGUUCCUGGUGCUGAGUGGAGUGCGCCAUUCAAACACAUGGAGAAGGACCUGCUUACCUUGCUUGACCUCGUCGAAUCCGGCAACAUAUGGGGUGUUCAUGUAGUCAAGAACUUGCCUACUUUCGUCCACGGACGCGUCGCGGUCAUGGGAGAUGCGGCGCACGCCAUGACACCCUUCCAGGGAUCAGGCGCGGGCCAAGCAGUUGAGGACGCAUACAUCCUCGCGACAGUUCUCGGCCACCAACGCACCACGAUUGCCACGCUCCCGACGGCGCUAGCUGUAUACGAUCAGAUUCGCCGUCCGUUUGCACAGGGAAUCGCCGCGGCGUCCAUGAUGAAUGGGCUUAUCAGUGGUAUGGAGGUUGGAGAACCACUUUCCCAGAUGGAAGAGUCUAUUUCAAAGCAGUGGAGCUGGGGAUGGACAACUUCGCUGGACCCCGACGUUGAGAAGGCGGUAAAACUACUAGAGGAGAGGUUGGGGGCGUAG